CCGUCGAGGAACGUUGUUGUUGGCGCGCGAGCUUCGAAGGAAGGCUGCUCCAGCAGCAGCUGCUAUAUGGAUCUGCCUCCUGAAAUCCUUAUUUUUAUGACCGAAAACAGCACUGAUGAACCAGGCUCUGGUGAUGAUGGGGACUACCAAGAGGUGUGUUUGCAAGAGGAAAAUGCUGAUUUCAACCGUAUCUUCUUGCCCACAAUCUUCUCCAUCAUCUUCUUGACAGGAAUCAUUGGCAAUAUCUUGGUUAUUGUUGUUAUGGGCUAUCAAAAGAAGCUGAGGAGUAUGACCGACAAGUACAGACUGCACCUCUCUGUGGCUGACCUUCUCUUUGUCAUCACUUUGCCCUUCUGGUCUGUGGAUGCUGUCAUCAGCUGGCACUUCGGAAAUUACUUGUGCAAAGCAGUCCAUUUCAUUUACACAGUCAACUUGUAUAGUAGUGUCCUCAUCUUGGCCUUCAUAAGCUUAGACCGGUACCUGGCAAUUGUACAUGCUACCAACAGCCAGAGACCCAGGAAAUUAUUGGCUGAAAGGAUUGUCUAUGUUGGUGUUUGGCUGCCUGCCCUGCUAUUAACUGUACCUGAUAUAAUAUUUGCUAGCACUAGCGAUGUCGGUGGAAAAUACGUCUGCCAGCGAUUUUACCCUCAUGAGACCUGGUUGAUUUCCUUCAGAUUUCAGUAUAUUUUAGUGGGUCUUGUUUUGCCUGGCCUUAUAAUACUGACUUGCUACUGCAUUAUCAUUUCUAAGCUGUCACAGUCAAAAGGCCACCAGAAGCGUAAAGCCCUUAAGACCACUGUCAUCCUGAUUGUUGCCUUCUUUGCCUGCUGGUUGCCAUACCACAUUGGCAUCAGCGUUGACACCUUUGUCCUCCUCGGAUUCAUUGAGAAUGGCUGCAACUUUGAAGCGAUACUGCAAAAAUGGAUCUCCAUUACUGAAGCCCUAGCAUUUUUCCACUGUUGCCUGAAUCCUAUACUUUAUGCCUUUCUGGGUGCCAAAUUCAGGACAUCAGCCCAAAAUGCUUUUACCUCUGUUAGCAGGGGUUCAAGUCUCAAGAUCCUUUCUAAAGGCAAACGAGGAGGACAUUCUUCUGUUUCAACAGAGUCAGAGUCUUCCGGUUUCCAUUCCAGCUAACAACACUUUUGAGGGGGUUUCAGUAUUUGUAAAGAACAGAACUCAUUAUUAUAUAUACACACACAUUCCACAAGAUUUUGGAAGAUGAUAUCCUCCAAGAUAAUGUAUAAGUUUAUUCCCAGUUGGAAUAUUAUAUUUGUUUAGUUUUCUGUGGACUUAUUUAUAAAAUAUGAAACAAAAACUGUACAUGUUGAUAAGAAUGUCUGGGCAGGACCUGAAAAUAAGUGACUGGUUGACAAAGUUUUACUGCUUGUAUAUCUGGUUUUACACACUUUUAGAGUGUAUCAUGUCAAUGUGUGUGAGUUGUUUGUAUAUAAAGGAAGUAUAUCUGCUGAAAGAAGGAAGUUUUUCUGUAUUCAGGACUCUGUCCCUGUCCUGUAUUGCGUUAGCUGUGUUACACUGGUUUAAUUGCAUUUUAGAUUUUAGGUGCAACCCACCUCCGAAUAAAGGCAGGGUCAAAAGGCUUGCAAUCGAAUGCAUCUAGAUUACAGCCAGUGGCACUUACAACCAAAGUCUGUUUGGUCAAUUCUUUGUGGAGUUCGGAGAUGAAACAAAUGGGUUUGCAAAUCUCUGUCAUAAAGUUGUAAAUAAAGAUAUGUGAGA